CUCAGCUGCUACAUCAUCCACGUCUUUGGAGCCUUACCACACCUCGAGAUACGAGUGACACCUCCUUACCCACCUACCUGAGCUGGACUAGCAAGUGCAUCCAUCUCUCUACCACGAGCCGGAAGAUACAGCUAGCGUCGAGGAAGCACGCAGCAACUGCCCUCCACACCACUCCACUUCACUCCCCUCGACUCCACCUCAUCUAGCGCUAACCCUCGCAACAUGCCCCCAUCCGUCUACGAGACGCACUGUAAAGGUGCUGGUGGUCUACCCACCACCCCCAUCUGGGGUCUUCUCCGUCGUCGCUACUGGCAAUACUUCUCCGAUCAUGCACGCUAUCGCUCUCUCCCUCCCCGUGUGGACCUACGAGGGAAAACCGUCAUCGUCAGCGGUUCCAAUAGCGGAAUUGGUAAAGAAGCCGCCUUCGUCUUUGCUCAAUGGGGUGCAACAGUCAUUCUUGCCUGUCGAGAUCCACCACCAUAUGAGCAGCACCCAAAGGACGCUAUUGCCGACCUUUUAGCACGGGACUCUUCCAUUUCUUCGGAACAAUUCGAAUGGUGGGAAGUCGACUUUGGGAAACUCGAUAGCGUGAGAGCUUUUGGACGCAAAUGGCGUCAGAGUGGAAGGAUCUGUGAUGUACUUGCUAAUAAUGCUGGUGUGGGUGGAGCUUCGGAGAGAAUUGUUACAAAGGACGGGUUUGAAUUGGUGAACCAGAUCAACUUUAUGGCACAUUGUUUGCUUACGCUUUAUGUGCUGCCUAGCAUGAAGAAGUCCGCCGCUCCACGCAUCGUCAACACCACCUCCAUCUUCCACUUCGGCGGUGUCCUAGACUUUUCCGACUUUAACAACGAGCGAGCUACCUCUCGAGGUCUCCACGGUGUUCAACUCUACUGCAAUGCCAAGCUCCGUCUCCAAGUCUGGACCGUCGAACUUCAACGUCGCUUGAGUCGAUCGGAUGAAUUCAGACAUGUCAUCGCCCAUGGUGUUCAUCCUGGUUUUGUCAAGAGUAACCUGUGGAACUCACCAACGAUUAGAGCUUUACCUACUAUUCUAGUCAAAGGACUCGACUUGUUGAUGGCAUUAAUCAGUGUAACUAGUCAGCAAGGAAGUCUAGCCAUCUUGCACGCUGCAUUGCGUACCGACUUGGGAUUGCCAAAGGAGUACAUUCGAACUUCUUCUGCCCUCAGCGGAAAGGAAGAGGAAAAGUCUUCCCUCCCUCUUCCCAUCCCAAGCGGAUUAAGCGCCAGUAUCGGUGGUCAAUUCAUCAACCGUACCCAUGCCGGUUUCACCCAUCGACCAGAAUGUGAUGAUCCACUCAUCCGGGCCAGACUAUGGCAGAGGGUUCUGGAAGAUCUCAAGUUGAAUACUACCACUAGUGGAGGAGAUACUUCUAAUGCUAGUGCUAGUUUGAGGAGACAGAGAGAUCCAGAUGGAUUGACGGAGGGAUUGCCUGAGCAUCCACAGGGAGUGGCGCUCAUUGAGAAGGCUUGAUAUGGGGGUGUGGGUGGGGUAGAGGGCGAGAGGAGGGAGGGAGCAGACAAGGGGAGGGGAGAGACGACGCUACGUG